AUGGAUCCCAGAUUCCUUCAUGAUCAUAUCAGUGAAGGUGGUGAUACCAGCGGUGGCGGCGGCAGUGGCGUUGAUAGGUUUCCGCAAUGGAGUAUACAAGAAACCAGAGAUUUACUGAUGAUAAGGGCAGAACUUGAUUCAACAUUCAUGGAAUCGAAAGACAAAAAGCUUCUCUGGGAAUUUAUCUCAACAAAGAUGAAGGAAAGGGGUUAUAAUCGUAGUGUCGAACAGUGCAAAAGCAAGUGGAAGACUCUUGUUACUUGUUACAAGGGGUGCGAGACGAUGGAGCAAGAAGGUUAUAUGAUGCAACAGUUCCCAUUCUACAGUGAGUUGCAAACGUUUUUCGCAAAUCGGAUGCAAAGACUAUUGUGGAUGGAACCGAGUGGACUGCGGAAAAGAGCAAUGGAGGUAUCUUCAGACGAUGAGGAGAGCCGCAAUGCGGAGAAAGCAAGUGGCAAUAACAAGAAGAGAAAGAAGGUUGAGAGUGGUAAGUUACAUGAGAUAUUAGAGAAGUAUAAAAUACAACAAAUGCAAACUGAAAUGCAAUUGAUGAAGAUGUAUGAGGCGAAGGAAGAGGAGAGGAGGAUGAAGGAGAUGGCGUGGAGGAAAACAAUGGAAGAAAUGGAGAAGGAGAGAUUAAUGCUUGAUGAGCAAUGGAGAGAAAGAGAAGACCAAAGAAGGGUUAGAGAGGAAGCUAGAGCCGAGAAACGGGACGCUCUUAUUACUGAGCUUUUAAACAAGCUUACACCUAAUUAGUAUUUUAUAAGUUCUUAACGAUAAUCAAUCUCAUGUCCUCGACACCAAAAAAAAAAAUCUUCAUAGUCUUAGGACACAUAUAUACAAGUUAUUUUUCAGAUGUCCAGUGUACAUAAAUACCAGACAUGUUCAUGACAGAACAAAUUUUAAUUGUGAAACACUUGUACAUUUUGUCUUAAA